CCAAGAAGUCAAGAACCCAGAAGAAGACAUGACAAGUGAAAUUCUUCAAACAAUCUCUAGUGGAUCAGGUUUUGCUCAGAGCUCAUCAACUCUGGAUCAUGAUGAAUCUCUCAUCAAUCCUCCUCUUGUUAAGAAGAAGAGAAAUCUCCCUGGAAAUCCUGAUCCGGAAGCUGAAGUGAUAGCUUUAUCCCCCAAGACCUUGAUGGCUACGAACCGGUUCCUAUGCGAGAUCUGUGGCAAAGGUUUCCAAAGAGACCAAAACUUACAGCUUCAUCGGCGAGGACACAAUCUUCCAUGGAAGUUGAAGCAGAGGACAAGCAAAGAAGUGAGAAAACGUGUCUAUGUUUGCCCCGAGAAGACAUGUGUCCACCAUCACUCCUCUAGAGCUCUAGGCGAUCUCACCGGAAUCAAAAAGCAUUUUUGCCGGAAACACGGCGAGAAGAAGUGGAAGUGCGAGAAAUGUGCCAAGAGAUAUGCAGUCCAAUCUGAUUGGAAAGCUCAUUCCAAGACUUGUGGUACUAGAGAGUACCGUUGCGACUGUGGCACCAUUUUCUCAAGGCGAGACAGCUUCAUCACUCAUAGAGCUUUUUGCGAUGCCUUAGCGGAAGAAACCGCUAAGAUAAACGCAGUGUCUCAUCUCAACGGUUUAGCCGCGGCUGGAGCAGCAGGAUCAGUUAAUCUCAACUAUCAAUAUCUCAUGGGAACAUUCAUUCCACCGCUUCAAACAUUUGUACCGCAACCGCAAACAAAUCAAAACCAUCAUCAACAUUUUCAGCCACCACCUCCGUCGUCGCUUUCCCUAUGGAUGGGACAAGAUAUCGCGCCGCCUCAACCGCAACCGCAGGACUACGACUGGGUUUUUGGAAACGCUAAGGCAUUGUCUGCAUGCAUUGAUAAUAAUAAUAAUCCUCACGAUGAGCACAUUACGCAAAACGCAAACGCAAGUUUGACCACUACUACUACUACUCUCUCUGUUCCUUCUUUAUUCAGCAGUGACCAACCACAAAACGCAAACGCAAACUCAAGCGCGAAUAUGUCCGCAACAGCGUUACUACAGAAAGCUGCUGAAAUUGGCGUUACUUCUACAACGACGGCGGCGACUAACGACCAGUCAACGUUUCUUCAAAGUUUCCCGCUUAAAUCCUCCGAUCAAACCACCACUUAUGACGGUGGCGAAAAGUUCUUUGCUUUGUACGGGUCUAACAACAACAUUGGGUUAAUGAAUCAUAGUCAUCAUGAUCAUCAGGAGAUUGAGAACGCUAGAAAUGAAGUUACGGUUGCGUCUGCGUUGGAUGAAUUACAGAAUUACCCUUGGAAACGUAGAAGAGUCGAUGGUGGAGGAGAAGGAGGUGGAGGAGGGCAAACUCGGGAUUUCCUCGGGGUCGGUGUACAAACGUUGUGCCAUCCAUCGUCUAUCAAUGGAUGGAUUUGAUACAGUUUAAUAACAAAAAAGAAGAAGGAAUCUUUUGUAACUUCCACCAUUUUAUAAGAACAAAUAUGGUAAUGAAAGUUGUUUUCUUUUAUUAAUUCAAGAUUUUAAAGCUUAUGGUAUAUGUGUAAUGAAUGUGUGUUUAUCUU